CAUGACUGUCCUCACUCACCCGUCCAUUCGAGACGGCUGGUUCCGUGAAAUCUCGUCGCAAUGGCCAGGUCAGGCCAUGACCCUCAAGGUCCGCAAGAUCCUUCACGUCGAAAAGUCCCUCUACCAGGACGUCCUCGUCUUCGAAUCUGAAACAUACGGCAAUGUUCUCGUCCUCGAUGGUGUCAUCCAGUGCACCGAGCGAGACGAGUUCUCCUACCAGGAGAUGAUCGCCCAUCUCCCACUCGCUAGUCACCCGAACCCCGAGAAGGUCCUGGUCAUCGGUGGAGGCGACGGAGGCGUGGUUCGUGAGGUCUUGAAGCAUGCGAGCGUAAAGAAUGUAGUGUUAUGCGACAUCGACGAGGCUGUCGUACGUGUUUCUCGUCAGUUCCUUCCCCACAUGUCUGCACUUCUGGACGAUGCACGGGUUACGAUCCACAUUGGCGAUGGGUUCAAAUUCCUUGCGGACAACACGUCCACGUACGACGUCAUCAUCACGGACUCGUCGGAUCCUGUUGGACCUGCGGAGUCGCUGUUCCAGAAGCCGUACUUCGAGCUGUUGCACGGCGCGCUUGCUCCUGGUGGUCAUAUCGCGACCCAAGCAGAAUGUCUCUGGAUUCACCUGGAUCUCAUCAAGGAGCUGGUUGCCACUGUUGGCAAGAUUUUCCCUGUCGCCGAAUACGCCUAUACGACGAUCCCCACCUACCCGUCUGGUCAAAUUGGCUUCCUCAUUUGCUCCAAGGAGAGCGGCCGCAGUAUGCGUGAACCUCUUCGCCAGGUUUCUCCGACUCGUUACUACAAUGAUAAAGUCCAUCGCGCUGCCUUUGUCCUGCCUGAGUUCAGUCGCGCGUUCCUUGAGGAGGACAAGGAUGUACGCCCUAUCUACGGCUCCGCUGUGAGCUCGAGCAAGCCCACGAAAAAGGUCCUUCUUCUCGGUAGCGGCUUCGUUGCCAAGCCCGCAGCUGAAUAUAUCGUUCGCGAUUCCUCUAAUCACCUGACAGUUGCUUGCCGCACACUCAAGACGGCUCGAGAGUUUGUCGCUGACCUCCGCAAUGCGUCAGCAAUAUCGCUCGAUGUCGCUGAUACCGCUGCGCUCGAAAAGACUGUCGCUGAGCACGACCUUGUUAUCUCGCUCAUCCCUUACACCCAUCAUGCCGACGUCAUCAAGGCCGCCAUUAAAGGCAAGACACACGUUGUGACCACCAGUUAUGUCAGUCCUGCUAUGCGCGAGCUUGACGCUAGUGCUAAGGAGGCCGGCAUUGUCAUAAUGAACGAGAUUGGUCUCGAUCCCGGUAUUGACCACCUCUAUGCCGUUAAGACCAUUGAUGAAGUUCACGCCAAGGGUGGCAAGAUCAAGGAGUUCUUGUCAUAUUGUGGUGGUCUCCCGGCGCCCGAAUGCUCGGGCAAUCCACUAGGCUACAAGUUUUCCUGGUCGUCACGCGGCGUCUUGCUUGCGCUGCUCAACAGUGCAUCGUUCCUUCACAGCGGUCAGCAGCAAGACAUCGAUGGCAAAGAGCUCAUGAAGUACGCCAAGCCCUACUAUAUCUCCCCUGCCUUCGCUUUUGUCGCGUAUCCGAACCGCAACUCUGUCCCUUUCCGCGAGUUCUACCGUAUCCCCGAGGCCGAAACGGUCAUACGUGGCACGCUUCGUUACCAAGGCUUCCCCGAGUUCAUCAAGGCGCUCGUUCAGCUUGGCUGGUUGGAUGCUACUCCCAAGGAAUGGCUUAACGAGAGUUUGAGCUGGGCAGAAGUUACUCAAAGGACCAUUGGCGCUGCCGAUGCUCAGGAGAGCACGCUCGUUUCGCGCAUCAAAGAGAAGUGCGUCUUUCCUGAAGAGUCCGAGGCGACACGUAUCAUCUCCGGUCUGCGCUGGAUCGGCAUGUUCUCGUCUGAAAAGGUUAAGCCACGCCAAGGCAACUUGCUUGAUACGCUCUGUGCGCGCCUCGAGGCGCUGAUGCAGUACGAGCGCGGCGAGCGCGACCUCGUCAUGCUCCAGCACAAGUUCAUUGUCGAGUGGGCGGACGGUAAGGUCGACACUUUGACCUCUACGCUUGAGGCGUACGGUGUCCCCGACGGCUACUCCGCGAUGGCGCUCACCGUUGGCCUCCCAUGCGGUAUUGCAACUCAACUCGUCCUCGACGGGGUCAUCAGCACCCCAGGUGUUCUCGCGCCGUACACGAAGGAGAUCUGUGACCCCAUCCGCGAGAUCCUUGAGAAAGAAGGUGUUGGCCUGGUCGAAAAGGUGCUGUAAGCAUGGGUUUAAAAAGAGGCUGUGGGCCUCAAGAUACACUAGAACAACUACAACUGUACUCUCAGUGAUUGCACGUCGAACCAAAAUGUAGGAGAAGUGUAUAGUACUCUGUACAAACUUAUCAUCUGAUGGACC